AUGGUCAAGUCACUUUUCGGAGGAGCUGCGCUCUCAGACACUUCGCACUUUAACACACAAGAAGAACGCGCAAAACUCAUCGAUGUCUUGAUCGCCCACGACGUUAAGAACAUUGACUCUGCUCGUGUCUACGCUGGGUCCGAGGUCGCCAUCGGCCAGCUAGAGAAGCGCAAAGAGUUCAUCAUCGACAGUAAGAUCGCUGGAGGCUUCGGCCAGCCUGGCGCAUGCACAAAGGAAGGUGUGGUCCAGGACAUGCAGGACUCCCUUGAGAAGGCCAAAAUCGAUCAAUUCGACAUCUUCUACAUCCACGCACCAGACCCAACCGUCCCCUUCGAGGACACCCUGGAGGGUGUGAACGAGGCGUACAAGAAGGGCAUCUUCCGCCGUUUUGGUCUUAGCAACUUCUCUGCUGAACAAGUCCAGCAAGUCUACGACAUCGCCAAGGCCAAGGGCUACCCUCUUCCCCAAGUAUACCAGGGUAACUACAACCCCGUUGCCCGCCACUUGGAGACUCAACUCUUCCCCACCCUCCGCAAGCUCGGCAUCCACUUCUACGCAUACUCACCCCUCGCUGGUGGUUUCCUCGUAAAGACUGCCGAGGACCUCGAUGCGGGCGCUGGACGCUUCAACGAGCAAACCCUGGGUAACAUGUACGGAAAGCUGUACGACAACCAGACGAUGCGCAAUGCGCUCGUUAAGUGGAAUGAGAUUGCGGAGAAGGAGGGUGUUACCAAGGCGGAGCUGGCCUACCGUUGGAUGGCCUACCACAGUGCGCUCCAGGGAGAUGAGGAUGGUGUCAUCUUCGGUGCUAGCAAGAUUAGCCAAGCUGAGCAGACUGCGAAGAGCUUGAAGAAGGGCAAGCUUAGCGAUGAGGCGGUCAAGGGCAUUGAGCAGAUUUGGGAAAGCGUCAAGGAGGUUGCUCCCAUCGACAACUACCACAGUGGACUUCUGAAGAAUUAG